AUGCCUAAAGUCGCAAUGCCAGAGACCGAUGACAAGAUGCGGGCCUUCGCUGAGAAGGUCUUUGCAGCUGAUGCCAAAGACGAGAACAUUCGUGAUGAGGUCUCCAUGUUUGACGUGGCUGAUGACUGCCCCAUCCUCAACCAGGAGAUGGCUCACCAUCUGCAGGUCGAUGACAAUGCAGAGAAGCGCAAGAAGCAUCAGCUGGUCUGCCACAUGGCCGCACCCAGCAGUGCAGCCCAGAAGGGCUCUGGUGCUCCAGUGAUGACAGUGCAGGUGGAAACGCCCACAUACCUGGAUGUACCCGACUUCCAGAGAGUGGCUGUCAUUGGAGACUAUGCCUCUGGGGUGACCAUGGACGACUUUGAGUUGGCCUGUAAAGGUCUGUACCGAGCACUGACCAUCAGGGAGAAGUACAUGCGACUGGCCUAUCAGCGCUAUCCUCGCACUGCCUCUACUUACCUGUGCGAAAUCCAGGGAGAGAGCUUCAAACCUGAGGACCAGGUGCAGCCGGUGUUCACUCCUCCUCCAAAAAAUGGAGAGGACCCUUUUGACACCAAGGCCCUUCCUAAAAACCUAGGAUAUGUGGCCCGCAUGAAGGACGGUGUUAUAUACGUGUACAAUGACGCUGCUGCAGCAGACAAACACCAGCCCAAAGAUCUGCCCAGCCCCGACUACAACACCUUCAUCGACGACAUGAACUUCCUCAUUGCUCUCAUUGCACAGGGACCAACUAAGACUUACACACAUCGUCGUCUGAAGUUCAUUAUGUCUAAGUUCAACGUGCAUGAGAUGCUGAAUGAGAUGGAGGAGAUGAAGGAGCUGAAGACCAAUCCCCACAGAGACUUCUACAAUGUCAGAAAGGUCGACACCCACAUCCAUGCAGCCGCCUGCAUGAACCAGAAGCACCUGCUGCGCUUCAUCAAAAGCUCCUACCGCCGAGAUGCAGACCGGGUGGUCCAUAACCUCAAAGGCCGAGAGGUCACCAUGAAGGAGCUGUUUGAGUCGCUCAACCUCCACCCUUAUGACCUGACUGUGGACUCCCUGGACGUACAUGCUGGCAGGCAAACCUUCCAGCGCUUUGACAAGUUCAAUGCAAAGUACAACCCUGUGGGAGCCAGUGAGCUGCGAGACCUGUACAUGAAAACAGAGAACCACCUGGGAGGAGAGUACUUUGCCACCAUUAUCAAGGAAGUGGCGAGUGACCUGGAGGAUGCCAAAUAUCAGUAUGCUGAGCCCCGUCUGUCCAUCUACGGCUGCAAUGCCAAUGAAUGGAGCAAGCUCUCCAGCUGGUUUGUCAAGCACAGAGUCUACUCCCCACAGCUCAAAUGGAUGAUCCAGGUCCCUAGGAUCUAUGACAUCUUUAGAGGAAGGGACUUUGUGCCCCACUUUGGAAAGAUGCUGGAGAAUAUUUUCCUGCCUGUGUUCCAGGCCACGAUUGACCCCCAGUCCAACCCUGACCUCAGCAUCUUCCUAAAUCAUGUCACAGGCUUUGACAGUGUGGAUGAUGAGUCCAAACACAGUGGACACAUGUUCUGUACUAAGAGCCCCAAACCAGAGGAGUGGGACAUCACCAAGAACCCCUCCUACACCUACUACAUCUACUACAUGUAUGCCAACAUUGCAGUGCUCAACCAGCUUCGCAAACAGAGGGGUAUGAACACGUUCAUGUUCCGGCCUCACUGUGGGGAGGCUGGCGCUAUCACCCAUUUGCUCGCUGCUUUCAUGACAGCUGACAACAUCUCUCACGGCCUCAACCUCAAGAAGAGUCCCGUACUGCAGUACCUGUACUUCCUGACCCAGAUCCCCAUUGCCAUGUCUCCUCUGAGCAACAACAGCCUGUUCCUGGAGUAUGCCAAGAACCCUCUGUUGGAGUUCCACCAGAAGGGCCUGAAUGUGUCUCUGUCCACUGACGACCCCAUGCAGUUUCACUACACAAAGGAGCCCCUGAUGGAGGAGUACGCCAUCGCUGCUCAAGUCUUCAAACUCAGCACCUGUGACAUGUGUGAGAUUGCCAGGAACAGUGUUCUGCAGAGUAGCUUGUCUGAUGAGGAAAAGACACACUUCUUGGGUCAGGAUUACCUGAAAGAGGGUCCAGAGGGAAAUAACAUCCAUAAGACCAACGUGGCUCAGAUUCGUAUGGCCUACCGCUACGAGACUCUGUGUUAUGAACUGAACCUCAUCAAGGACGGCGUCAAGGGCGAGUGA